GGCGGGUGCGGCUGGCUGUCCCGCGGUGGCCCGCCCGGCCGGGCUGUCACCGGGCCGAGGGAUGCAGCCCCCCUAGCCCCGCAGUGCCGGGCGGCGCGGACAGCCCGAGCGCGGCCGCCUAAUGGCUGCCCCGGAGCGGGGGGCCCCUCCGCGCGUCCUCGGUGGGGCGCGUCCUCCUGCGAAGGUGACCCGACGGAGGCGCCCCUCCCCGCCCCCGGAAACGCCAGCGAUUUGGAACGCCACUCGAUGGGAUUCGGGCAGUCUGGGCCUGCAGGUUUGACUUAAUGAUUCUGGCCUGAGAUCCAGAAUGGUUUGUUCUUGGGACCAAACAUGAGCAAAAGUUGACCUCAUGACCAUGUCAACCUCUCCAGCUGCCAUGCUUCUCCGGAGGCUUCGGCGACUCUCCUGGAACAGCACUGCUGUCCAGCUCUUUAUUCUAACUGUGGUGACAUUCGGCUUACUGGCGCCCCUGGCCUGCCACAGGCUCCUGCACUCAUACUUUUAUCUGCGCAACUGGCAUCUUAACCAGAUGAGCCAAGAGUUCCUGCAGCAAAGCCUGAAGGAGGGGGAGGCUGCCCUUCACUACUUUGAAGAGCUGCCCUCUGCCAAUGGCUCGGUGCCCAUCGUGUGGCAGGCCACGCCCCGCCCCUGGCUGGUGAUCACCAUCAUCACUGUGGAUAGGCAGCCCGGCUUCCACUACGUCCUACAGGUAGUGUCCCAGUUCCAUCGGCUUCUGCAGCAGUGCGGCCCCCAGUGUGAGGGCCACCAGCUCUUCCUGUGCAACGUGGAGCGGAGCGUGAGCCACAUUGACGCUAAGCUGCUCUCUAAGUACGUCCCCGUGGCCAACCGCUACGAGGGCACCGAAGACGAUUAUGGCGAUGACCCUUCCACCAACUCGUUUGAGAAGGAGAAGCAAGACUACGUCUACUGCCUGGAGUCAUCGCUGCAGACCUACAACCCAGACUAUGUCCUGAUGGUAGAGGAUGACGCCAUCCCAGAAGAGCAGAUCUUCCCAGUCCUGGAGCACCUCCUGCGGGCUCGCUUCUCCGAGCCGCACCUCCAAGAUGCCCUGUAUCUGAAGCUCUAUCACCCAGAGAGGCUACAGCACUACAUCAACCCGGAGCCUAUGCGGAUCCUAGAGUGGGUUGGCGUGGGCAUGCUGCUGGGGCCCGUGCUAACCUGGAUAUACAUGAAGUUUGCCUGCCGCCCAGGCUUCAGCUGGCCUGUCAUGCUUUUCUUCUGUCUGUACAGCAUGGGGCUGGUGGAGCUGGUGGGCCGCCACUAUUUCCUGGAACUGCGGCGCCUGAGUCCCUCCUUGUACAGCGUGGUUCCUGCCUCCCAGUGCUGCACCCCAGCCAUGCUUUUCCCUGCCCCUGCAGCCCGCAGGACCCUCACCUACCUGUCCCAGGUGUACUGCCACAAGGGCUUUGGCAAGGACAUGGCGCUGUACUCCCUGUUGAGAGCCAAGGGGGAGCGGGCCUACGUGGUGGAGCCCAACCUUGUGAAACACAUUGGGCUCUUCUCCAGCCUCCGGUACAAUUUCCAUCCCAGUUUACUCUAGGAGUGUUAAGAAAUGCCCUUCUGCGGUUGGCUAUUUCCUGGAGACACACACUGAACUCUUUCUUUAGACGUGGUCGCUUGCAGGUAUUCCAUUGUUUAAGGUCUCUAGGUGUAAUCGCGCUGGGACCGCAGAAGAAUGCACCCAAGACUGGGAAUCGUCCGGCAGGAGCCCAACCUGCCACAGGUCCGGAUCUCCGUCCACACAGCCACGCUGCUGCCUCACGCGGUCUGUGGUGACGAUGGAUGUCAGUGACCGUUACUUUCUCCCGUUGUCUAGGAGCUCGGCCUUGCGACAGAGCUCGUGACUGCCAAAAAAAGUCGUGUGCACGGUGGUGUUAAGACUUGUGUUCGGAUUUUAAGGGUAGAGUACGGUGAGCUGUCAAAUGCUUUUGGGUGGGUCCCUUUCUCACAGAGAUGAGAGUGGACGCGUGCUUAGAGCGCAUGCCUGAAUACGCAGGGCCGUGUAGAAAUACAUAUUCUAUUGGUUUUCCUCAACCCGAUGUAAUAAACGUGCAAAAGUUGUGCUGUG